AUGCUCGUAAAGCGUGUAUCGCGUACACCCGAUCACCACACUCCACAGUCGCCACAAAUAUCCACCGAAAGACACGGUUUACGCAGAUUACGAUGGGGAAUCUUUGAAAUCGCAUUCGAGCCCCCGAGUCGGAGGUAUGCGUUCCUGGGCUGUGUCAGCUCCUGGCCGAGAAUACCCCCAUCGGUGCCAUACGCUGCAAGGCUUCUGCGCGACGUCUUUUCCAUUGCCCCAUUCACGUUUGCCACUUACAUUCUGGCAUGCUUGUGGACAACUGGGUCGUCUAUCCUGUCCCUUUAUAUGGCCAUCAUGGCCGUCGAUCUAAUGUCAGGCCCAAUUCAAUGUGUUAAUGACGGUGGCAUGGGCCCACUACCGGCUUUGGUAUACAGUUUCAUGGCUUCUACGCUCGUGUCUACACUUGUAGAACGUAUGAAGUACGGCGCUACUAUAUAUUUCGACACAGCAUCACUUAUCAACCUGAACUCUGUGCAGGAAAGACACUUCAAUGUCUUUACGUGGACACCUUCGAAGUUAUUUUCUUCCACAACUUCGAAGCUUGAGGCCAGGGCAGUAAAUGAUACAUCCUACCCUGAACCAUGGCAGUUUGAGGAGGUUGCCCCAGGUUGGGCCAUCAUCGAACAAUUGUGCUUUAAAGCAAGCAUUUUCUGCGUCGCAUUCAUACAAGCGUGCAUUCUCCUUUCGUUGUAUCUGAAGAAGACCUCCUUGGAGUUCAAAUUGCUGGUCGUCUUCGGCGUUUACUACCCCAUAUUACUUUAUACCAUCCCUUCUGAUGGAGUAGGCGGUGCAGAGUACACGUUUUGGACGAGCAAUCCAUACUAUCGCCGCCUUGCCGCUUUGUACAUGCUCAUUUUCUCACCGAAAUACGAGGAAGAUAUCCGUAAAGAUGAAUAUGAGAAAACCUCAAGGGACCUUGGUGUCCAUCGGCCUGAUGCAACAGCAUUGGCGUCGAAUGAUAUUCCUCGACCGUUGCUGUGGGAUCUGUGGAGCUGUAUUAUCCUCGACCUCCCUGUUCUUGCAUUUGCACUUACACUUCCGUGGUCGUCGCCCACAAAUUGCAUCGCCAAGUCCCUUUUGUUACGCCUCAUGACCGAGUCAAUUCGCAGCAACGUUGAUUUAUGUCUGCGAAUGAGAUCCACUUUCGACGACACCUGCCAGCAAGCGGAAAGAUUCUAUGUCCCUUUUACAAAUGUCCCAGCCAGAGAAGAGCUCGGAGCACCUUCCUUCCCCGCAGCGAGCUCGAAAGGGAUGAAAGUACAAUUUAGUGACGUGCGCGUCACGCGCGAGGAUGCCGAAAGGGACGUUCUUCGCAACCUCAGUUUCAUUGUCCACCCCGGGCAAAUUGUCGCUAUCGUGGGCCCGAAUGCGAGUGAUAAAUCGAUGGUGCUCAAGCUACUUCCUCGCCUGAUAGAACCGUUAAGUGGAGCAAUACUAGUCGACAACCGGGCAAUUGAAUCAAUCAACUCUGAGGCGCUCCGAGAUUCCAUGACAGUGUUGCUCCAGACGCCAGACGACCUCUAUCCCAUUUCUUUGAAGGAAAAUAUAACGUUUGGUCUGGCCAAUGGAUAUGAUUUCGGUUUGGAUCUGGUUGAUCGUGCCGCUCGAUUAGGAGGCGCAUACGAACUUAUACGUAGGUUAGGGUACGAUGCCAUUCCGACCGUAGUCCCCGUCCUAGGCCAAAGUAUGGGAGCCAGCUCUAAGGCAGCCGUUGACGCACGGAACUCUGCGAUGUCGGCUCGACGCCCCGUGCAGCUAACUCGUGAAGAGAUGCAAAGAAUACUUGCUUCUCGCGCCUUCUUUCGGAUUCUAUGCAACAACCCACGCCUGGUAGUUAUUGGAGACGCCUUUUCCGAACUCGACCCAGUGACCGAGACCAAUAUUUUGAACAACUUUAUCUCUCUCCGGAAAGGACGAAGUAUCAUCUAUGCAGCACAUAGGGUGAAUAACGUUGUGACUCAGGCUGAUUUGGUCCUAUACAUGGAAAACGGGUUGGUGGAGCAAGGCACUCAUCAACAAUUGCUUGAUGCUGGAGGUGGAUAUGCUGCUAUGUUCGCGACGAAUUGUUUGAAAUAA